GUGCUACUAUUGCACAUUUCAACACCCUGUCAACAUAACAUUAAGACUUUGUUUAACUUCUAAUUGAAAAGCUCUAAUGUUAAUAAUUAAUGUGCUGUCGGUCUAUGAUGGUGACCACUCCCACCUGCUGAUGUUACAGUUCUCUCAGACCUCAGUUUGUUAUUUAAUCUCUAAAAAUAGCAACACGGUCCUGUUUUGAAGUGUCCAGCAUCUUGAAUGUUGAAGCCACGAGGUUAAGAAAUUAUACAAAUUUAUAACAAUGAACGUAAUUAGUCUCAUCAUCAUCAUCAGACUUAUGUGGCGUGCAGCUCUAUAAACCAAAAAACUAUUGCAUUGAACGGGUUGGUCAAAUUUUCGAUAAACUAUCACACGAAAAAAGUCCUCUAACACGACAGAAAUUAGAAAGUACAAUAGUAACCACCUCAUCAGGUUUUUGUAUCCAUACGCACACCUAGAUUAGAUAAGAGACUGGAAACACAAUUAUCAUUAAUUCUACAAUUCGAAUUUAUGAUGAAGUUUCGUAUCUUUGUAACUUUUUUAGUCGGAGUAUUAUAUGCAGCAAAUUUACAGAAGUCUAAGGGUGGGACCAAGCAGCUGUUACAGGCGAUAAAAUAUGAGCUGAGUGAGCUCAAGAAGGGACAAGGAGUACUUGGAGAGAAGAUUGAUGACGGACAAGGAGUUCUUGAAGAGAAGAUCCAGUCCCUUGAUGACGGACAAGGAGUUCUUGGAGAGAAUAUCCAAUCCCUUGAUGACGGACAAGGAGUUCUUGGAGAAAAGAUCCAGUCCCUUGAUGACGGACAAGGAGUUCUUGGAGAGAAGAUUGAUGACGGACAAGGAGUUCUUGGAGAGAAGAUCCAGUCCCUUGAUGACGGACAAGGAGUUCUUGGAGAGAAGAUCCAGUCCCUUGAUGACGGACAAGGAGUUCUUGGAUAGAAGAUCCAGUCCCUUGAUGACGGACAAGGAGUUCUUGGAGAGAAGAUUCAGUCACUUGAGAAAAAGCUAGAAAAGGCGGGGACCUGGCGCCUGGGGAUGAACAUCAAUCCUGCCGACGGACACAUAUUCGGAUACGCUGUCGGAUGGGCCACUGGUAUUGAUAUUGGAAGUGAUGAUGAAGCCCUAACCAAGGACUACUUGAGUGCAAAAGUGUGGGUUACACCAGCAAACUACAUUGCUAUUGUGAGACAUCAGCGAGGUGUUGUGGAUGCUGUCAAGGUCUUCAAGUUCAAAGUCCCGGGAGAAUCGCUCAGUACAAGGUUCGGGCUGAAAAACAUGAACCCGGGCAGACAAAUUGUUACUCAAGGAGGGCCAAUCCAGAAAUCAAUUGCUGAUGAUGCUGAUAAUUUGGGAGACGAUCCCAUAUUCUCUGUUGGUGGAGCAGUGAUGCACGCCGCCGCCGGACGCCGCCGCGCCGGCACAUUUUCACACGCCGCCACGCCGAUACCUCUCAAUGCAGACUGGGCUCACGAUAUUUCAAACAUACAGGACUGUCCGAAUGUAUCCUGUAAGGACGUGAGACUACAGGGAACAGAUCAUGGAACAGGACCACAUUUGAAAAGUGGGACCGUUUACGGGAACUAUGCAAUCUAUGUUUCAUUUGACUCGGAGACGUUCCCCCUGCCUGGUGACAAGCCUAGUCUGAAGAUUGAGAUGUAG